AUGCGUACAGGUGUGGUGGUUUCAAUCGCCUUCCUCAGUAGCGUUUGCGUGCACCGCUUGGUUGGCACUCAACACUUUGGUGGAAACUCGGAAGUUCACGAUGAGGGCCACAUCAAGCAACAUUUAGAAGACAAGAUUAACGUUGGUACGAUGACAGAAGAGCAGCAACGGUUUCAUUACUUCUCAAUGAACGAUUUGGACAAGGAUAACCGAAUUGAUGGUAUAGAGAUCGUAAAGGCUCUGACACAUAGCCACGAGAAGGGAACAGAUACUCAGAAAUUAACGAGACCGAGAAGACGUCCAGGCAUACCUGUUCAAAAUGAUGACGAGUUGAUUGCUAUGGUCGACGACGUUUUACACGACAUGGACCUAAAUGGGGACGGUUACAUCGAUUACGCUGAAUAUUUGAAGAAGCGAUCAUGA